AUGUCUCCAUUUUGGGAAUUUGCCGCACGUUCCCUAGUGCGCCAUACCAUACUUGCUCUGUUCACAGGAGGUUCUGGUAAUGUGAUUGCAUUGUCGGCUGACCUAGCAGAUGCAAUGGAUGCAGUGAAUGCAAUGGAUGCAGUGAACGCAGUGGAUGCAGUGAAUGCAGUGGAUGCAGAGAAUGCAGUGGAUGCAGUGGAUGCAGCCAACGUGACUGAUUCGAUGGAUGUGACUGAUGCAGCCGAUGUGAGCAGUGGAAAUGAAGCUUCGCUGUCUACCACUGCGUCCCAACAUCACGACUUAGGCGGCGUACACUUCGGGGCCUCGGCAGAUGGACAAGACAAGUGGGGUGCCCCACUUAUACAAGAUGAUCAUGGCCGCGUGCACACUCUACCAACAGCAACACAGAGUCCGCAGGAAGUAAGCCCAAAUAGCUUUAUCCCAAAUAAUCCACCACCGCCGCCGCCCCCGCCGCCAUCCUAG